AUGGACGUGCUGGAGAAGGGUGUUUUAAAGGCAGCGGAGAAGGUAUGUUGUAGAAGUAAAGGCGGUGUAGUAAAAGAACAGGCAUGGUGGUGGGAUCAACGAGUCAGCGAAGUGAUUGGCGCGAAGAAGUUGGCAUUUAAAAGGUGGAGAAAGUCGCGGACUGAAGCAGAUAGGAUCGAUUACAUCCGGUUCAAGAAAAAGGCGCGAAAGGAGGUGGCUAAAGCGAUAGAAAGGCAUCAGAAAGAGCUUCUCGUAAAAAUGCAGGAGAAUGGACGAAAAGCGUUGUUUAGAACGGCUAGAAGCAAGAAGGAGAGGAACGAUAUUUUGGUGCUCCGGCGUGCAGAACCACGAUGGGGAGUUGAAGAGAAUGAGUGGAAUGGAGAAGUUGAAGCGGAUGAAGUUUUGGGGCCGUGGGAAACAGUGACUGUUGAUGAGGUGGCGGCGGCUCUGCGCAAGAUGAAGAAAGGAAAGGCGACGGGACCGAGUGAAGUGGCGAACGAGGUUUUGAGGGGCUCAAAGAUGCCGAGUACAUGGAGAAAGAGUCUAGUGGUCCCGCUGUACAAAGGAAAAGGAGCAGCGACGGUUGAGGGAAGUUGUUCGGAUGGGGAAGAGCAGUAUGGAUUCAUACCGGGGAGGAACGACGGAUGCGUGUUUUGUGUUGAGGCAGCUGCAGGAGAAAUUUUGGAGAAGGACAGAGAAUUGUAUAUGGUGUUUGUAGAUUUGGAGAAGGCGUUUGAUAGAGUUCCGAGAAAGGUGAUCGAGUACGCGCUGCGUAAGAAAGGUGUGACAGAGAAUAUGGUUCGGGCAGUUAUGGAGACUUAUGAAGGUGUAGAGGCGGUGGUUACGGAGGAAGGUGUUAGAUCUGGUGUUUUUGAGGUAAAAGUUGGUGUUCAUCAAGGUUCAGUCUUGUCGCCGUUACUGUUUGCUUGUGUGAUGGAUGUACUGACAGAGGAAGUGAGAAGAAAAGAAGGAUGCUGGUGUUUGUUGUAUGCAGAUGACAUUGUCUUGGUGGCGGAGUCGAAGCAGAAAGUCAUGGAAUGGUACCGAGAAUGGAAAACGGCAAUAGAAGUCAAGGGACUGAAAGUGAAUGAGGCAAAGACGAAGGGCAUGAGAUGCUCGAGGCAGGUGGAGGUGAAGGACAGUGAUAAAUGGCCAUGUGGUGUGUGGGAAAAGAGUUGGAGUGAAUUCGAUAAUGUGUGGGAAAUGCAGUAA